GCCGAAAAACUGAUCCUGAAAACAAAACAUCUCCAAAAUAUUAUGAGAAUAAAAUUUAUAUUUUUGAUAUGAAAACUUAUUCAUGGAUCAAAUCAUUUGAUACAUCUAAUAUAACAAGCCAAGGAAAUCCAACAAAUAUUUAUGGAGAUUCAAAAAAUAAAAAUGAAGAUGCUUCAAUGG